UUCUCAAGGAAAGUAGUGGGGUGUGGAGGAAGGAGGGUUGGGGAAUGGAGGCUUUGCUCCCCCGGUCACAGUGCUCCCUUUGCCCACAGCUCCUUACAAGUGUGCUCCCUGCAGGAGAUUCGUGGGGGAUCCUUGCCUUCCUGUGUGCCACGCUUUGGAACCUGCCUGGGGUGCCUGCACUGAACCGCACGGACCAAGUGACCACCAGACAGUCCAUCCAGCAGAUGUACGACCUUACUCGCUAUCUGGAACACCAGCUGCACGUGCUUGCGGCCACUUAUCUCAACUACCUGGGGCCACCUUUCAAUGAGCCAGACUUUGACCCUCCCCGGAUAAUUGGGGUAGAAGCUGUGCCAAGUGCCACCGUAGACAUUCAGGAAUGGCACAGCUUGAAUGACAAUGCCCGGCUAGCAGCUAAUUACCAGGCCUACAGCCACCUGCUCUGCUACCUGAGGACCAUGGAUGGUUCAGCUCCAACUGCAGUGCCGAGUCUGCGCCACAGCCUUGCCCACUUCCGGGCUAGCCUGCAAGGGCUGCUGGGCUCAAUUGCAGGCAUCAUGGCUUCCCUGGGUUAUUCACUCCCAACUCCUGGGCCCCCUCUAGAGAUUACCCCACCCAGCCACUUCCUGCGCAAGAUGGACGACUUCUGGCUGCUCAAAGAGCUACAGACCUGGCUGUGGCGCUCAGCCAAAGACUUCAACCGACUGCGCAAAAGGGUGCCUCCUUCCGCUGUUAUGCUGCAUCUGGAAACCAGAGGCUUUUGAUUCCUGUUGUUGCCAUUGUCUCUGCCUUCACCUCAUUCACUGACAGCAUUCAGACCUGCCACUCAAGAACUAGCACUUCUGAAAGACUCCAAAUCCAAUGCCUUCUCCCAGCCCCUCCACAAAAUUGCCCUCCUCCUCCUUGCUUUUUUGGUGCUGCAUUGCUCUCUGC